UGUGUCGGCAGGCAGUGUCACUACCCGGCAGGCUGUGGUUCCUCUGACUCAGUGAUGGUCCCCGGCUACCUGCGUGUCUCCCGUCUUCUGGUCGCUCUCUGCUGAAAACAUGGAGCGCUGUGCGUCUGACACCGAGGCGGACGAGCAGCAGAAGCCGCUCCUUCGCCGAAGACAAGAAGUGCCGAGAGCGCCAGCGUGCGGCUCUUCGCGCUACGGCUUGGCGCUGCUCUCCUGCUAUGGGUUCUUCGUUGUCUACUCUUUGCGGGUGAACCUCAGCGUGGCGAUGGUGGACAUGCUCAACAACACCCAGCAGUCCAGCGGCAACCACAGUGGCUCGGUGUGCCCCUCUCACGACACCCACCAGCGACCCAAACACAACCAUUCGGCCAACGUGUACAACUGGGACUCCGCGACCCAGGGAUGGAUCCUGGGCUCCUUUUUCUACGGCUACAUCCUGACGCAGAUCCCGGGCGGCUACCUGGCCGGCCGCUGUGGAGCCAAGUGGCUGAUGGGAUUUGGUAUCCUGGGGACCGUCCUCUUCACGCUGCUCACGCCUGUGGCCGCUGAUCUGGGGGCGAGUUACCUGAUCGUUGUGAGGGUGCUGGAGGGGAUCGGAGAGGGCGUCACGUUCCCUGCGAUGUACACCAUGUGGGCAGCCUGGGCCCCCCCACUGGAAAGAAGCAGACUGCUCACCAUUUCAUACAUUGGAGCCCAGCUGGGUACCGUCGUGGCUCUUCCUCUGUCCGGUGAAAUCUGCUUCUACUGGGGCUGGCCCUAUGUCUUCUACGUAUUCGGUGCCAUCGGCUUGGCCUGGUUCUUCCUGUGGGCUUUUUUCGCCUUCGACAGUCCAAGCAGCCAUCCCCGCAUAUCCGAGCAGGAGAGACUCUACAUCACCAAUUCUCUAAAAAAUGAGCUGUCCACCUCUGCGGGCUACAUCCCCUGGCGGGCCAUCGUUACGUCCACGCCGCUGCUGGCCAUCGUCGUUGCUCACUUCUCCUACAACUGGUCCUUCUACACCCUCCUCACUCUCCUGCCGACCUAUAUGAACGACAUUCUGGGUUUCAGCAUACAGCACAAUGGAUUCCUCUCGGCGCUGCCGUACGUGGGCUGCGCUCUGAUGGCCGUGCUGAGCGGCCAGGUCGCCGAUUACCUGCGAGAAACGUGCCUCUACCGCACCGUCGUGGUCAGGAAGUCCUUCUCUCUGAUCGGCAUGAUUGGGCCAGCGGUGUUCUUGGUGGCAGCAGGAUACACGGGCUGUAACUACAGCUUGGCCGUGACCUUCCUCACCAUCUCCUCUGCUCUGGGUGGAGUGUCGGCUUCCGGCUUUAACAUCAACCACCUGGACAUCGCUCCUUCGUAUGCUGGCAUUCUGCUGGGAAUCACCAACACUUUCGCCACCAUUCCUGGCAUGGUGGGACCGGUCAUAGCAAGAGCUCUUACCCAAAACAACACGAUAGCGGAAUGGCAGACCGUGUUUUACAUCGCCGCUGCCAUCAACGUGUUCGGCGCCCUCUUCUACACGGUGUUUGGACGAGGCGCGGUGCAACCCUGGGCUGUCCCCGCGUUUUACUCUCACGGAGACUGACUCCUCCGUUCAGAGGGGGGAAACUGAGAAGCAUGCCAGAGCUGUGCUGAGAUUGAGCAUCAGGGCUCAUGCUUUCAGGAGUAUAGAUGAAGUUAAAACAUGAUUUAAACAUUUUACAAUCUCUCGCUUUGGAGAACACAACAAAGCAUUAGAAACAGCGUUUCUUUGGUCCACGAAGAGUCUGAAGACAUAGACAUUAUAAAGUCAGUCUGGUUUCGAUUACCAGACUACAGACUAAAGGUUUUAGUCAAAAAGGCCUGUAAAUCAGCCUUGUAGCCAGUUCUCUAAGCUUUGUUACACAGGGCACACCAAGACAAUGAAGCUACAGCAAAAACAAUGCUUAAAUUGCUCAAUAGCCCUACGGUCAGUCAGUUGGAUUUUCACACCGACGGUCUACACUAAUAAGGAUGUUACACUCUUCUGUGUAAAGUUUAGUAAAACACAGUGUUUACUUUGCUACGAAAACCCAGGUGAGUAAAACAAAGAAUGAAUUUUUCCCAUUUUACCUGCCUCCAUCCUAGGUGCGUAUUUGUUUGUUUCAGGACUUGGACCAAAGUGCCGAGACAGGAUCGUUUUACAGGGUUUCCUUUAAAAAGAGAAAAAAUAUAUAUCUUGGUAUACCAGAACCUGGCUUUACAUAAUGGAGGGUAUCGCUUUGGUAUGACAUGGUGGCCACAAAGCCCGUCUAAAGAGAGAGGGAAAACUAGCCUUAUAUCAAGGUCACCUUAAGAUGACUUGAUAUUUCUGUUUGCUGGGAGGCUUUUUAGUGAUCUUAGCUUUUUUAAAGGGAUUUCUGUCAAUCUUAAAGUUUACUUUUUUAAAUCGAGGGUUCGCCAGGAAUUACCUUGUAAUGGAUGAUGCUCCUGCACAUGAGGAAAAACGGGUACAGUAUUUGCUCUCGACAAGCUUUUGGUUUUUCAACAAGGGAAUUACGUGGGUGUAAAAGGUUUGCGGGGGGACAAAACUUUAGACCAGGAUGGGCCCCAUUUUCUCAGGUGUUUUAUGCCAUAUAUGAGCUGAAGAGGUUGUUUGUCAAAUGCUUUCAGUGUCAACUGAAUCAGAUCUGUUUUUUAAAUGAAAUGGUAUUUUUAGUUUUUAAUUAAUGUGUCUAGAUGAUUUACACAAAAACUGAACAUCAAAAAUGUAUUAUUAAUACAUUGAAAUUGUUUUCCACAAGUAGCAACAUCAUGGGAGCUGAAGUAACGCACUUGUGCCUUAAUUAAGACAUUUAUAAUCCAGCAUUGUAAACAUAUUCUGCUUAUGUUUCUUAAUCUUUGUCUCUUUAUCAAUAUACAAGCAAUCAAAGGGACUUUGUGAAACAAAUUGUACUGUAACAAAUAUGAUAGUACAUAAUUAUAAGGGAAACAUUCCAGAAAAAAAUGUCUUUAUUCCCUGUCAUGUAAUUGAAAAUACAGCAAUUGGCAAACCUCGA